AUGUCAGUCAAACUAUCUAUUGCGGUGUUUGUUGGGGACCCGUUGGAUUAUAUCAAAAAGCGACACACCGCUAUUCACGUGGCGUUCGCGGACGGUGACCAGAGUCUGCUGCAUAUCGUUGGAGCACAUGGGUUCUUUGAGUUUGAAGACAGUGUUGGAAAGGACCCUCAGGCCAGUGCUAAACUCGCAACCCUAAUCGAAGUCCCCACAACUUCGAAGUCGCUCUCGAAACAGGAUAUCAAGCGUGCCUGCGAACAAACGCGAAUCGAAAAUAGCCCUGGAAAUCAUGACUGGAACUGUCAAAAUUGGGUCGGAGAUGCCCUUGGAAGUCUGGUUCAAACUGGCCUUUCAACCGUCCAAGCGCGUGAUCAUGCGGUUGACCAGAUGGCAGAAGCUUGCUUCGAGGCAACUGAUGGGUAG